GGUGCGUGUGGAUCUUCAGAGCAGUGUGAGUCGUCAGCAGGAGGCUCUGCGGUGUAGAGAGGUCUGGUUGCUGGAUCAGAUCCAGAUCCUGGAGCAGGUCCACACGGAGACCCUGCAGCACCAGCUGCACCAGCUGCACCGGCUCCGAGGACAGUUUGACGUGAUCUUCCAGCAGCUGCAGAACAACAACAGCAAGGACCUGAACCAGCAGCUGACCUGCUGCAUGGAGAAGUUGUCCUCCAUGAGUCUGACGCCCGAGGAAACACCUGACAUCAGUUUCCAUGCCGACGCUCGCUCUCUGAAGCAGGCGAUCACCUCGUUUGGUAGCAUCACAGCUAAGCUGGUGGAGGGCGUGUCGUCUCAGAGCCCCGCCCCCCAGAGAGGACAGGUCAGCUGUCCUAUCACGGCAAAGAAACAGAAGGUGGAGGCUGCUGCUCUGGGCAACUGGCUGCUGGGAACUCCUCCAGCAAGCAACGCUCCUAUUGGCUACCAGUCCAGCAAGAACCCUCAGGAUUGGCUGAUGGCAAACAAGGAGAUUAAGACUUCCUGUCCUGCCCUGGCUUCGGUGGACUUCCUGCAGGCCUGGGGUCAGCUGAGAGAUCUGGAGGCGUGGCUUCAGACGGGCGCCCCCGGCAACCGUGAGCGUACCGACAGCAGCUGCAGCUCCGAGUUCUCCAUCGAGAAGAUUGACGAAUCAGAGCUCACCGUGCAGGAGGAGGAAGAAGAAGAAGGUCUGAACGGCUGGCUCAUCACCCCGGCUACUGUCUCCAUGGAGACCGUGUCAGUCGGCGAGCGGUGGCGAGACGUGCUGAUGCCUUUCCAGGAGGGCUGGGAGGCACGUGAUUGGCUGUGUGCUGUGCCCCGGCCGGCCGACUGCUCCGCCUGCUGCCAGACGGCCGCCGCCCCCCCGCUGGAGAUAGAGAACCUGGGACUGCUUAAGUGCCUGAAGGUGGCCCCCAGCCAGACCCCCACCCCGGCCCCCAGCCAGACCCCCACCCCGGCCCCCAGCCAGACCCCCACCCCGGCCCCCAGCCAGACCCCCACCCCGGCCCCCACCCCGGGGACCCUGGAGUCGUGGCUCCAGCAGGCGGUCCCCCUGAAGACGACCUGCAGAGCCAAUGAGAUCUGCUCGUCCUACGCCGACUGCGUGUGCGAGCAGAACUGUGGGAGGGACGCGCUGAGUGUCUGGCUGCUCCGGCAGGACGGACGGGACAAGAACGGCGUCCCGGUUGCCACGCCGACCGGCACCAAGAACGUCCCGCCCACUUUGCACCGCAGGGAGCAGGAACAGAAGGUUCAGGCAAUCCUGGAGGCCUGGCUGCAUCCCCCCACCCCCUCCUCCGGGGAGGAGAAGGCCGCUAGGGAGGAGUCUCUGUUCCAGACUCCUCUGGAUCCGGAUCUCUGGGUUGUCCCGAGACAGACACCCCCCCAACCUGCAGACGCACAGGAGGACAAAUGGCUGCUGAGGAAGAGGACUCAGGCUCAGGAGCGCCUGUCUGUCUGUGAGCUGUUCUCCUGUAUGAAGCUGAGCGGAGACAAAGACAAAUGGCUCCACACGUCUCAACAGAUGUGACAGCUCUUCUUCUCUCCUCUGAGAGUCACUUUAUUGCUGAUCAGCGCACACGACCGCAACCAUCGAGAUGCCGCCUUCCUGUGACAUCAUCACGCUGUCCUCCAAUCAGGACCCAGAUCAUCGUCUCCACCAGAGAAACUAAAAUUUAAUGUUUUUAUUGUCUGAUUGCAGCUUCUUUGAGUGUUUGAAAGGGGGGCGGGGGGCUGGUGAAGGGGGGGCGGGGCUAAAGUUGCCUUUAUUUUAAUCAAGCGUGUUUUUAUCAUUUAAUUUUUUAACACGAUCUCUGUUCCUUUUUUAUUUUCUUUUAUUGUGAAAGGGAAAAGAUCCACUUCCGGUCGCCCAGACUGCAGGCUGCUUUCCUCCGGCGCCGUGCACGCGCUAAUUAGGGUUUUCUUUCUCUCGCCGCGUUCUGCACGCGCUCAGUAGGGUUUUCUUUCUCUCGCCGCGUUCUGCACGCGC